AAAUUUAUAUACAUAAGGAGAUUUUAUUGUAUAUAGAUUUAUUCUUUGUAACUAAACUUUCUUCACUAAUGUGUAUACACUAAAAAUGAGAUAGAAACAUAUUUAAAAAUUUUGGAAAGAGAAAAAGAACAAAAAGUGUAAGAAGUUCAGCUACAAAGAAGCAAAGAACAGAUCUUGCAUUACGCGCUGGACUUUCAUUUCAAUUGAUUUCAAUACCGAAAUUCAAGAUGGGCAGUUUUGAUAAGCCGGCAGGCAUCUCGAUGAUUCCUUAUCUCCAAUGUACCAUCGCCGAACGUCCACGUUAUCGCAAAAUGUAAUUUGCUGAAGAUGACGAAGAUUUUAGCACGAAGCGCAUGGCAUCCCCUCGUCGGCGGCUCGACUAUUACAACCUUAUCAUUCACGAGAAUAAUACAUUUCUCUAAUUUAUGCUGCGAUUACUCACAUGUGUAAACGAUUUUUAUGCUAGGUACUUUACGAAAAGAAGAGAUGUGAAACUCAAAGGAAUUUUACACUACGUCGAAUAUAAGAGAAAGCUUACAACUUUAAACUUCAAUCAGAGAUUUCGAGAAUGAUUUCCCAAAUGUCGCAUGUGAUGACUCUCGCCAACAGCGUCAUAGGUGUGAGCGUCCUGGCAAUGCCCUUUUGCUUCAAGCAAUGCGGCAUCGUAUUGGCCGUUUUGGUAUUACUUCUGUGUAGCACCUUGUCACGACUGGCAUGCCACUUCCUCAUCAAGUCGGCCGUAAUAUCGAGAAGACGAAACUUUGAACUACUUGCUUUUCACGCAUUUGGUCACAUGGGCAAAUUCCUUGCGGAGCUUUUAAUCAUCGGUUUUAUGCUGGGCACAUGCAUCGCCUACUUCGUCGUUGUCGGCGAUCUGGGACCACAGAUAAUCAGCAAGAUGAUGGACAAGACACCAGGGGAAAUACGCACCAGUUUGCUGAUCUUUACUGGAGUCUUCAUAGUUUUACCUCUUGGACUGCUUCGAAAUAUCGAUAGUUUAUCUAGCAUUUGCACUGCUACUAUUGUCUUUUAUCUCUGUCUCGUAUUGAAGAUAGUAAGUGAGUCUACCCUACAUAUCUUUGCGGGAGAUUGGUUUGACAGUGUUAACUAUUGGAGACCAGCUGGCAUUCUUCAGUGCCUGCCAAUAUUCUCUAUGGCUCUCUUCUGUCAAACUCAACUAUUUGAAAUAUACGAAACCAUUCCAAAUGUAUCCUUAGAGAAAAUGAAUGAUGUUGUACGAGGAGCAUUAAAUAUAUGUACUCUUGUAUAUAUGUGUGUUGGCUUGUUUGGUUACAUUGCUUUCUGUACUCAAUCAUUUACAGGAAAUAUUUUACUGAGUUUCGAGCCUAGCAUAACAUCCGAACUGAUUAAAAUGGGAUUCGUAUUUUCGGUUGCAUUCAGUUUUCCUCUAGUCAUUUUUCCAUGUCGUGCGAGCUUGAAUUCCCUUUUAUUUCGCCGGGUAUAUACCCACGAGCCGUCUAUAAAUUAUUUAUCAGAAUUCAGAUUUCGAUGUCUCACUGUCGCAAUAGUCAGCAUUUCUCUUAUAAUCGGUAUUCUAGUGCCAAAUAUAGAGUUUGUCCUUGGUAUCGUGGGCUCGACGAUCGGGGUAAUGAUCUGCUUAAUAUUCCCGGCAGUAUUCUUUAUAUCUAUAAACAGUAAAAACACUAAUGAAAGAUUAGUAGCACAGGGCAUUUUAAUUAUCGGCGUUUGGAUUAUGGUGCUUGGUACGUACGCCAAUUUAUACGCGAUGGAAGAGUCUACAAAUGCAAAAUUAGUGAUAACGAAUAAGCCGCUCGGUCAAAUCAAUCUACCAUUGAAUUUAAUUAAGGACGAUUUACAUAUCAUUCCUGAUGUUCCUAAUAGUUUGGAACUCAUUCCCAGAGGAAAAGACAAAAUUAAUAAAUUACCCGAGAUUAAUGUUCUUGAUAAAACAUUGGAUUUGAAAGUGAAAGACGUUCGACAAGAGCCGCCCAUACCCGUUGAACGUGUGAUUGUGACCGAAAAACAGAGUGUCGAAAAACCUGAUAAAGCAGCAGUAGGCACUCUUAUGUCAGAAAUAAAAGAAAUAGAAAUUGGAACAGUUAAAACCUUAAACGAGAAUUUAAACGUGCAAUUGCAGGUUGCCGUGAAUACUGAUAACGUUAAAAUUGAUGAAUCCGUUACAUUGAAAGCAGAGGAGAAGAUAAAGAUAAUCGAGGAGAAGGAACGAUCUGUGGAUUUGCAGAAGAACGAUAAUCUCAUUAAUUUGGAUGCGAUAAAGAAGGAGGAAUCAGAAUUAGCGGCUGAUGGAGAUGUUGCUAAUGCCAGAGCUGCGGAACGGCAUGAGCAACUUAGAAAAACACUGGAAAAGCAUAAAUUGGAGCAACGUCAAAUGAUGCAGGAACAGAAGAAAAUUCUAAAGGAUAUCAAGGAACAGAAGCAGGAGUUUGAAAGAGAAAAACAAAGAAUGGCGAAAGAUGAGAUACUUAAGAAAAGUGAGAAGAAGAUACAGAUUGACAAGGAGGAUAUAUUGUCGGAGAGCAAAAUCGACUUGAGAGAAAACGGUGGAAAAGUUGUCGAAAACAAGGAGAUCAGUAUAGAAGAAAAAAAAAAUAAAGUAGUGUUGGAAGAGAUGAAUCUUGCAAAUAAAAUAAAUAUCAACGAAAAACAACAAUCUCAAGACAAGAAUAAUAAUGUGGCAGCUGAAAGCAGCAAGAAAAAAUUUGAUUCCUUUCAGGAAAUUUCUCACAACGAAGAUAUAGAAGCAUUACAGAAAAUAUCAGGAAAUAUACCAGAUAAAUCUCAUCUUAUCAAAGAGGUAGUCAUCGAUAGCGAAAUACCUGAGAAAUUGUUACAAAAGGAAAGACGAGACGAGACGAAAGUUGAGAGAAUAGAAUUUAACGAAUCGAAAAGUAUGAAGGGUCCUAUUUUGAACGUCUUAUCAAAAGGAGCUCUACAGAGAUCCAUUGCGGAAGAGGUACUUGCCAAAGAGAGCGAUAAUCAUCAAAUGAAGGAAAAGAAGAGAGAGGCUCUUACAAAUGGAGUUAUGAAUAUGUCAGAGGAAUUGCAAGGAAAACACGAUGACAGAUAUUCUGUACCUGUAGCAUUAAAAAUGAUGAAUCAAUCAAAAUCAGACAAGAUAAUUGUUUCGCCAUCAAACAGAAACGAACCAGAGGUUCUCAUUGUACAUAGAGAUAUUUUGGAGAAUAAUGAACGUGAGAAGAGAGAUAUCAUCGUAGAAGUAAAUGUAAACGACACAAAAUUCAACAAUCGACUAACUGAAAAAUCCGAAUCUCUUAUUAAAGAUAUCAGUGACGUGGAUCGCGGAACCUGCUCAAAAUUACAGGAAAAUUUCAAGAAUUAUGAAGAUAAAAAGUUUGAUAAAAAAAUAACUAAAUCUAGCACAACUGAAGUACCUCUGAUUAAAACGAACGUUUAUUUAUCUGAACAAGGAAUAACAAAGACUAUUUCUAUGGUUCCACAUGAUGCUCUUAAUGUGGAGUAUGCGAGUAAGAAACAGAAAGAUUUGAAAGUUCUGAAUCCUAAAAAUAAUGUAGAGAUAUAAAAAUAUAUCCAGUGAUAUUUGAAAAUAAUAGAAUUCUCAUACAGCAUAAUAUUACAAAACAAAAAAGCUUUAAUAUAUCAAAUAUAAAAAAUUCAAGUAGGAAAUGGGCUAAUAAGAACUGAGUGCAGUAAGUAGGCACAACUUAAUUGUGUAGAAAUCUUUAUUAAAUUAUUGAAAUUAUAAUGAAUGUUUUUGGACUUUUUCAACAACUCCAAAUGACAAAGAAUUCAGGUGUCUUGAGUUCCCAUCGUCAUCGGCUGGCUUAAUUUUAUUUUAUGUGUGGCACGUCUUAGGAGACUUACCAAAGAGGAAAGCCGAUGAUGAUGGGAACUGAAGGUUAAGACACAUGAAUUUUUUGUCAUUUGGAGAUGCUGAAGAGGAUCCAGAGAAAGAAUCGAUACAUUUAUUGUAAUCACAGAUUUCUACAUAAUUUAGGCCCGUAUUCAUAGUCGGUUCUUAUAUUUAAGACCGUCUUAAGUACAAUCUUAAGAUGUCAUAAACAGUCACAGAGCCGUAUUAGCAUCUUAAGACAUUACUUAAGACGGUCUUGAAAUGAGAACCGACUAUGAAUACGGGCCAUAGUAGCACCUAUAUUUACUGCUAUUAGCUCACUUCCUACUUGAAAUUCUUCAUAGCAUAAUAUUGAGCAAAGCGUUUGUUUAUAAAUCGCGGAUCAUUCGUUAUUAU